CAGUGCACUACACCGGUGUAGUCGGUGCUACACUCAUACAAACUUGGGUGUAAUCAGUCUAUCUCUUUCUUUGCACUACACCGGUGUAGCACCAAGAAAAAACGAAAACGCCAUAAGUCUUAAUUUCUGGUAACAUCUUUAUUUUUUCAAAAUGUUAGUAGCCAAAUGUUUUUGCAAUUCAUAUAAGACAUUCGCGCGGUUCUCGCUAGUAUCGUGCCGGCAACAGAGCACCUUCGCCGAACAGGAUGGUGUUGGGCACAUACUACUCAAUAACGAGCGGAAACGUAAUUCACUGUCGCUGGAAAUGAUGGAUAGUAUUCAACAGAACAUCUUGACGAAUCAAGAAAAACCAACUCUACGCUGCUUUGUAAUAUCGGCGCAGGGACUCGUUUUCUCCGCUGGUCACAAUUUGACCGAACUGACACCCGAUAAGGGAUACGAAUGCCACAAGCGAGUGUUUGACAAAUGCUCAGAAAUGUUAGACGUUAUUUUAAAAGCUCCCGUGCCAGUCAUUGCCAAAGUCGAUGGUCUUGCCGCAGCCGCUGGUUGUCAGCUUAUUGCCUCUUGCGAUAUGGUUGUCUGCAGCGAUCGAAGUUCAUUCUCUACGCCUGGUGCUAGUUUCGGGAUAUUUUGUUCCACACCAGGAAUCGCCGUGGCACGAGCUGUUCCUCGAAUGACAGCAUCUUAUAUGCUAUUCACUGGAAUGCCCAUUCAGGCACAAGAAGCUUUGGAAGCGGGUCUUGUUAGCAGGGUUGUUCCGGUGGAACAGCUGGAUGCAGAAAUCGAUACUAUUUGCAAUGCCAUUAAGUCAAAAAGCCGAUGCGUAAUUGCACUGGGGAAGAAAUUUUUCUACGAGCAGCUUACGAUGGAUAUAGGUACUGCGUAUCGGAAGGGAGCACAGGUUAUGGCAGACAAUCUGGCCACCGCUGAUGGACAGGAAGGUAUUCGAAGUUUUGUAGAGAAACGGAAGCCGUCAUGGCAGCAUACGUAGGAUUGUCAUCUAAGAAAGUUAUGCGCAUUUAUUGUUGUAUUGCAUUUGUUACAGAGUUUUGGAGUAGGUUAACUAAUAAAGAAAUUUAUUGUUGAGAUA